CUCUCCCCUAAUGUUUGUUCUGAUGCGGAAAGUCAGAUACUGUAUUUACUAAACAUCAAUUUUCAGACGCCGCUUAUCGGAUCAUCAUCGGUGCCUGAAUACCCGACACUGUAAGUAGGAACCACCACACUGUUGGUUAUUUUCACCCUCUCCGCCGAGAAUCGACCAUGGCUGGGAGGCAGAGCUGCGAGGUUCCCCAAGCACAAAUGGAGAAACGACACCGGGAACAACAGAACGAUCAGUUGGAGGAAGAGGAGGAGGACGAGGACGACCUGGAGCCAGAGGAGGAGGAGGAGGAGGAUGAAGGAGAAGCGACUCCUGUUAGUGAGUUUCGAGGGGUAGAACUGGUGGAUGGAGCUGAAUCGAGAGAAACGCAUUCAGAAACCCUAGUGGUGGCCGAGAGGAGGGAUAACGAUCGACGUGCUGGGUUGCUGGAGAAUUCUACUUCAGAAUUGCAAGGAGGAUCUGAAUUGAAGGUGCAAGUUGAGGUGUCUCACCAAGUAGCUUUGCCAAGUUCAACAACUCAGUGUGAUGAUGCAGCUCAGACACAAUAUCAGCUUCAGUCAUCUGCCUCCAGUCCAACUGUACCAGAAGAAAGCCUAUCAUUGCAGAAAGUCAAUGGCACUUCCAUGCCCGAAGCCAACCGGCAAAGUUGUCCUGAUCUUAAAAUAGUAUCUGUUGUUCCGAUUUUGAAGACACCUGUUUUUGAUGGUUACAAUUGGAGAAAAUAUGGUCAGAAGCAAGUCAAGAGUCCUAAAGGUUCUAGAAGCUAUUACAGGUGUACGCACUCUGAAUGUCAUGCUAAAAAGACAGAAUUCUCUGAUGACACGGGCAACUUAAUAGAGAUUGUGAAUAAAGGCCUGCAUAGUCAUGAUCCACCUCGGAAAAAUAACUGCACAAGGGAAAGCAGGAUUGUUUCAUCUGCUGGGCCUUUUAUAGGAAAUAGUGUCACAGAACAAUCCAUCAGAAUGCGUAAUGAUUCAGAUCCAUCUACAUAUUCAAAAGAAUCAAUGCAAGAAAUGACUGUUGUUCCUGAAAGAAAACUGCAGUACUCAAGUUAUUCUGAUAGAAACGGCAAAACAGAAGUGAAGGAGGAGCAUGAGAGAGAACCAGCACCAAAAAGAAGAGUGAAGAAAGACAGCAUGGACUCUCCUGACUCUGAGGUAAAACCUGGGAAAAAGCACAAAUUUGUCUUGCAUGCAGCUGGUGAUGUGGGGAUCUCUGGUGAUGGUUACAGGUGGCGUAAGUAUGGACAGAAAAUGGUGAAGGGAAAUUCUCACCCGAGAAACUACUAUAGAUGCACCUCUGCUGGGUGCCCUGUCCGCAAACAAAUCGAAACCUCUGUAGAUAAUUCAAAUGCUGUCAUGGUAACAUACAAGGGUGUCCAUGACCAUGACAAGCCUGUGCCAAAGAAGCGACGUGGCCCAUCAAGUGCUCAAGUUGUUGCUGCUACUGCUACUGCUCCUGCUCCUGCUGCUAUGAACAAUGAGCAGUUAAAGAAAGCUGAUACAGCUCAAAGCCAGAUAACACCGACCCAGUGGUCAGUGGGUACAGAAGGUGAACUGACUGGUGAGGCCCUGGACCUUGGAGGUGAGAAGGCAAUGGAAUCAGCUCGAACUCUUUUGAGCAUUGGAUUUGAAAUCAAACCUUGCUGAAAGUGCCAAAGCAUCAUCAAGGUAUAUGGAUCUUUAUCACAUAAAGUCACAUGUUAUGUAUAUAGAUUAUUUAUAUGUCAGGUUUUUUUCUUCUUCCUUUUUUCUUUUCAGUUUUUUCCCCUUAGUUAUUGUAGUUUUCCAGGGAAUAGUUGUAUAUCUGCUACUGUAUAUCCUUUUGAUCUAUUUGAACAGGGUAAUAGUAAAUGGGUAGUAUGCCU